UAAAUAAUAUAAUACAAUAUUAUACAUUAUUUUUUAGAAUUGUGAAAUACAUAUAAUAUCUUAUCCGCGCGUAGCGCGGUUAAAAAAUCUAGUUCUUCUAAAAUCUACAACCAAACUUCUACAGCAAAAAUUUAUACAACAUUUUUUUUACAGUAUUAGUUCUAUAUCAAAAUAUAUAAAGUACAAUUCAUUCCAUUCGAAGUGAGAGAAAGAAACUGAUUAUUAUUCGAGAUACCUUUUAGAAAAAUUUUCAUUCCAGCUUUUCAAGAAUGUCAAAUUUGAGUAGUUUUAAUGAAUUUUUUUUUUGAAAUAUUUUUUUUUUGAGUUCUUAGGAUGGAAUGAGAAAAAAUGUUCAAGAUAAAUGAUUUUAUGUAUAAGAAAUGAGAUAAAAAGAUGUAUACAUUGAUUUCUGGUGCAUUAAAUUUUGGUUUUGUUUGUGAAUGGUGGUUGGUAAUAUUGAAGACAAUAACAUUUUCAAAAAUUAACUUAUUUCAAAAACAAAGUAAUAAAUAAUGAGAUUUUUGUGAAUUAGUUGAACUUUUAAGGUGAAUAUGGCAGAAAAUAUAUAAAAAAUUAAUUUUGUGUAUGACAACAAAUUUAAGGUGAUUUUUAAAAGACGUUCUUGUUAGAAAGUAUAUAAUUUUAUCCACAGUAUAACAAUAAAGAAAAAUAUCUACAAGAUUUUUAAUUUUGAUAGUAAAGUCAGCAAAUUCUCAAAGUUCUUAUUAUGGUUAACAAAUUUUAUAUUGAAUCUUAAAAAAAAAACUUUUAAUAUAGGAUAUAGACAAAAUAUACAGAGUUUUUACUUUUAAUUAUAAUCCCACUUUAUGUAACCUAGAUUACUGGUAUGGAUCUGGACUAACAAAGUUGAAAUGAUCAAAUUCAUAUUUUCAGCUAGAGUAAAGUGGGGUUCAAAAUACACAUAAUCAGUUUAGGCUAAAUUGAUCAGUUAUUUCUUCAAUUUAAUUUAUAAGAAAAUGUAUGUAUAUAUGUUUGUGAGAGAAAAACUCGGAAAUGCUAAGAAUAGAAAUAAAUGGGUCUUGAAUUGUUUCUCUAAAUUUGAAGGCUUUCAGUGGUUUGAGGAGAUGAACGGUUACCUCUUUGACAAGAAAAGAUGAAAUGUCGGAGAGAGAGAUGUUUUGAUCCCUUAACUCUUUUGGCCAUUAGUUAGGUUUGGUUGAUCGUUCAGAGCAGUAUUCAUUCCCAAAAUGUUGCAACUCAAAUAAGAACAAAAAAAAACCUGUUUCUAUAUGAUUCAAUGACAAUGGAGACAAGAAGUCACAUACUUUAAGUUAAAUUGAAUAUUCGUGCUGCUUUUUAUUGAAUGGUUAGGUCUACAGUUUGUCUUCUCUUUUGUACGUGUACAUCUAUAGGAUUUGUUGUUUAGACAAGAACAAAUAUGUUUUCUUAGGUUUUGUUCUAGGAUAUAUACAUGUCUCUAGAAAAAAAGAAAAAGAAAAUGAGCAAGGAACAAGGCUGUGUUCUAAAAGCUUGGGAGGUGACAAUGAAAAAGACCCAACAAGCCAAGAAGCGAGCAAACAACAUUUUUGGGACAGUAUCUGUAGCUCCACAAACAGAUGAUGAAACUUCAACAACCAAUGAGAAUGAUGAUGAGAGCAGCACAGGUGAAAUGUACCAUGCAGAGAAGGUACUUCCUAAUGGAGACUAUUACACAGGUCAAUGGUAUGAUAGUUUCCCACACGGGCACGGUAAGUAUCUAUGGACAGAUGGUUGCACGUACAUUGGUGAAUGGUACAAUGGCAAGACUAUGGGGAAAGGGAAGUUUGGUUGGCCUUCUGGUGCUACAUAUGAAGGUGAAUUCAAAAGCGGGUACAUGGAUGGGACUGGGACUUACACAGGUCCUAGUGGAGAUGCUUAUAGAGGCCAAUGGGUGAUGAACCUAAAACAUGGACAUGGGAUCAAGAGUUUUGCAAACGGAGAUGUGUAUGAUGGUGAAUGGAGGAGAGGUUUGCAAGAAGCUCAAGGGAAGUAUCGUUGGAGAGAUGAGAGUUUUUACAUUGGUGAAUGGAAGAACGGUUCCAUUUGUGGCAAAGGUACUUUUGUUUGGUCGGAUGGUAGUAGAUACGAUGGGUUUUGGGACGAUGGUUUCCCUAGUGGAAACGGUACUUUCAAAUGGGAUGAUGGGAGUUUCUACGUUGGUCAUUGGUCUAAGGACCCGGAAGAAAUGAACGGCACUUAUCAUCCACCCGAGAACGAAGGGAGCCUUGAGUGGGAUCCUAAAGAUGUGUUCAACAAUCUAAGUGAGUACACUAUCUGCAGUGGAGAGAGAGUUCCUGUGUUGCCUUCACAAAAGAAGCUCUCUGUUUGGAACUCUUCCAAGCGUGUAGAGAAGCCGAGGAGGAUCUCAGUUGAUGGGAGGGUGAGUGUUGGUUUAGAUAGAGCGUUUGAGAAGAUGAAUAUGUGGGGAAGUGAAAGCGGUGAAGGCGCUGCUGAUAUUGACUCCAACACAAGAAGAGAUUUAGAUGCUGAAAUAAUGAGACUUGAGGCUGAAGGCUUCAUUCAAAGCUUGAAACCUAGCCCUGUGCCUAUGAGACUGCCAAGGGCAGGGAAGAAGCAAGGCGAGACAAUAUCGAAAGGUCAUCGAAACUACGAUCUUAUGCUUAAUCUACAGCUUGGAAUCAGACAUGCUGUUGGAAAACAAGCUCCUGUUGUGUCUCUUGAUCUUAAGCAUUCAGCUUUUGAUCCAAAGGAGAAGGUGUGGACAAGGUUUCCACCAGAAGGAACCAAAUACACGCCUCCUCACCAAUCUACUGAAUUCAAAUGGAAAGACUAUUGUCCAUUAGUUUUUAGGAGCUUGAGGAAGCUAUUCAAGGUAGAUCCAGCUGACUACAUGUUAUCAUUAUGUGGUAAUGAUGCCCUUAGGGAGCUAUCGUCACCUGGUAAAAGUGGAAUGUUUUUCUACUUAACAAACGAUGAUCGUUAUAUGAUAAAGACAAUGAAGAAGUCUGAAACUAAAGUGUUUCUGAGAAUGCUUGCAGCUUACUACAACCAUGUUCGAGCAUUUGAGAACACUUUGGUGAUUAAAUUCUAUGGUCUACACUGUGUGAAAUUGACUGGAACAAUCCAAAAGAAGGUGCGGUUUGUUAUUAUGGGAAACCUGUUCUGUUCCGAGUACUCUAUCCACAGACGCUUUGAUCUAAAAGGAUCUUCUCUUGGUCGUACAACCGAUAAACCUGAAUCUCAAAUCAACUCAAACACAAUCUUGAAAGAUCUUGAUCUGAAUUUCAUAUUCAGACUACAGAAAGCUUGGUUCCAAGAAUUCACCAGGCAAGUGGACAAAGAUUGUGAGUUUCUAGAACAGGAAAGGAUCAUGGACUACAGUCUUCUGGUUGGGAUUCAUUUCAGAGAAGCAUCAGUGGCUGGAGAGCUGAUUCCUUCUGGAGCUCGCACGCCUAUUGGUGAAUUUGAAGAUGAAACAGCCCCUCGUCUCUCCAGAGCAGACGUGGAUCAGCUUCUAUCUGAUCCCACAAGGUGGGCUAGUAUCAGACUUGGAGGAAACAUGCCGGCUCGAGCAGAGAGGACAAUGAGAAGAAGCGACAGUGAGUUCCAGCUAGUUGGGGAACCAACAGGAGAGUAUUACGAGGUUGUCAUGAUCUUUGGAAUCAUAGACAUUCUUCAAGAUUACGAUAUCAGCAAGAAACUUGAACACGCUUACAAGAGCAUCCAGUACGAUCCUACUUCAAUCUCAGCCGUUGAUCCGAGGCUGUACUCUAGACGUUUCCGUGAUUUCAUCUUCAAGGUCUUCACUGAGGACGAUUGAAACAAGUUUCA